ACUAUGUUCAACUAUUAUCAAGAUCUUCUAUUCUUAAUCUCCUACCCUAACCAUCAUUUGUAGUUAAUCACCGGCGCAUGCCACUGGUGGACGCGUCAAUAUCACAACAUGUACUUAACAGAUGGCCAAGUAAGUAUCGGCGGGGUCCCCUCCCAGAGGUAUUUCUCUGUGCGUCAAAAGUGGAACACAAUAGACAUUGGACACUCCCUCCACGCCACGGCCCGCUAUAAAGGGCGCAGCCUUGCCUUUCCACUUCAUUCCAGCUCUGACUCUCUAACUGAGAACACGAUCUCUAGAGAAAGCCCAUGGCUCCAAACAUGAUUAUCGAAGCUGCCCAAACAUUCGGCUCCGGGUCUACCGUGGCCCAGCGCAAAGAGGCCAGUGAACUGAGAAGAACUCUUAAACCUCUGAUGGAGAAAAAGAGGCGGGCACGCAUCAAUGACAGCUUGAAUCACUUGAAGACUCUCAUUCUCCCGCUCGUCGGCAAAGAUAAUUGCCGGUACUCCAAAUUGGAAAAAGCUGACAUCCUUGAGAUGACCGUUAGAUUCCUCAGUGAUCUUCCCUCCUCUCCUGUCAAAGGUUCAACUGACAGUUACAAAGAUGGUUACAAAGCGUGUCUCCAGCGCGUCUCAACACUGCUCCCUCAAACCAGUCUCGAUAAAGAUGCCCGCCAUCGGGUGAACGACUUCAUCAAGAAGUCCAUGCCUGCAGUGGCUCCGACGUGUCAAAACUGUUGCGGACAGACCUCCAAGAUGCUACCACAAAUCCAAGAGAAAAUUCAAAGCAUCAAGUCUGCAGCGAAACUAGCUCAGAGCCAGACCAGCAGCUGUGUCGCUCCCCUCCCUAACCGCGCACAGCCUGCGCAACAGGCAGUUGCUGCCAACAUGUGGAGACCUUGGUAGAGACAUCUAGGAUACAUCUCUGUAUUUAUUUUGUACAUAGGUAUAUUUGUCAUGUUAAAUGUUAUAUUUAUUUUUCGUGGACACACACGAUUGCAAUGUCUUAGAAUGACGCCUGCUACAGAGAUUAACUGUAAAAAUACGUGUUUCGCAAUAUUUUUGGCUAAUGGCAUGCUUACAUACAGAUUUUAGCCAA